AUGUUGUCAGACACUCUGCCUCCAUGCAGGAAGCGGCGGCGAGCCGAGCGGAGUCCCAGCGUGGAGAUCAUCUACGAGGGAACGGUCGCCGCGACGCCGCCCGCCGCCAAGCGCCGCCGGAGACCACGCCGCCACGCCCGACUCAGCAGUUCCCCGGUGAUCAUCACCCUCGACAGCGACAGUAGCCACGACGACGGCGGCGGCGGCAACAACAACGACGGCAGCGGCGGCGGCGGCAGCGCCAGCAGCAGCCCGCUCAGCAGCCAGCAGACCGUCGACUUCUCCGACCUCCCUCCCCUCCCGCCGCUGCACUCCGCCGCCGCGGACGCCGACCUCGCCCGGCUCCCCGUCCGCAUCCUGCACCGCGGGUCCGACGGCGCCGACGGCAGCGACGUGGACGUGGAGAACGUGGACAGCCGCUCGCCGCCGGGGUCGCCCGCCGAGCAUCACGAAGGAGACGCAGAAGCGGCGCGGGGCGAGACGAAGGCGGCGGAUCGCAGAGACGAUGCGACGGCGGCGGCCGGAAACGACCCGGGCGCCCCGAACUCUGACAGCCGUCUCCUAGCAACCAUCCUGGACGACCUGGCGGGAAUAGCUGCGCCAAAAACAGACGCUCCGUUCAACUUUGAGCCUCAACUUUAUGAUCCGCCGGGCGAGCGGCGGUACGACGCUAUCGGCGAGCGACGCUGGGGCGGAGACUCGCCGCCGCGCCGCUCCUCCGCCCGCCCGCCGCCUCUGGAGCGCCCGAAGGAGAGCGGCUUCGGCGAGGAAGCUGAAGACGCCACGCCGCGGCCGUACGACAGAAACACGCUGCCGCCGUUAAGACACAAACACGCCGUCGGUCUAAACCCGUCUCCCUUCACGCCGCACGCACACGUCGGCGUCAAUUCCCACGCCGACCUUAAUUCUAACCUCAGAAAGCUGCGUUCGACCUGCGCGGCCGCUCCCGCCGGCGGCGGCUUGUCGCCCGCUGACGCUGACCUUUGCUCUGCUGAAGCGCGUGGCGAGAGCCAGGACAUCCCUCCUAUUUCAACGCGGAAACGCCAUUUUACGAGCGCUUUGGCGCUGAGAGGAGAGCCCGCCUCCGCUGGCGGCGUUCCGGCCGACGACGCGCAUUCCCACGCUCGCUUCUCCCCCGGCGACUCCCGCCCGAAGGCUCCCUUUAGAGUCAAAACGCCGUCCACCGGCGUACGCUCGCCGAGUCACGACCCCCCCGCCGACUCCCGGGCUUCAUCCGCACGGCUUCUAUUCGGCGAGGAGUUGCUUCCCCGGAGACGGCGCCCAUCAGGCGCCCUACGCCGACCCCCUAAAUGCCCGUCAGGCGUCCCACGCCGACCCCCUAAACGCCCAUCACGCGCCCCACGCCGACCCCCUAAACGCCCAUCACGCGCCCCACGCCGACCCCCUAAAUGCCCGUCAGGCGCCCCACACCGACCCCCUAAAUGCCCGUCAGGCGCCCCACACCGACCCCCUAAACGCCCGUCAGGCGCCCCACACCGACCCCCUAAACGCCCGUCAGGCGUCCCACGACGACCCCCUAAACGCCCGUCAGGCGUCCCACGCCGACGUCCACACUUCCAUAAGUGUUUCCUCGGAGCGCCCAUCGGCAAACGGCGCCGUUCUCUCAGGAGUUCACCUCAACGACGCUUCAUCCGUCGAUCCCUUGCCGCCCUCCGACCGGCGAUCGCCGGCUCCCGACGCCGCUUCGUUGCCCUUUACUGCGACUCCUAGAAGCCCUGGAGCCGAAAGAUUGGCGCCGGAC